AUGGCAGAAUCGACAGAACCGCACGUCCUCAUCAUCGGCGCGGGACUGACUGGCCUUCUCAUCGCCCACGGAUUGAAGACAGCCGGAAUCCAGUACACCAUUUUUGAGCAAGAAGACCAUGGCGCCUACCGACCUAAAGAAUGGACCAUGGGUGUCCACUGGGGGUUUCCCUUGAUGGAGAAAUUACUCCCAGACGAAAUCGCCGCGCGACUUAUUUCGGAGGCUAGUGUGGAUAAGACUUUGGACUAUGUUACGCCGCCGCAGAACGGAAGUCGGAUUUACGAUGGGGUGAGUGGGGAGGUUUUGAAGGAACUGGUUGCUGAGGGGAGAUUGGUGAGGGUUAGUAGGAGGAAAUUGAGGGGUUUGAUUAGUGAGGGCAUUGAGGUGAAAUUUGGGAUGAGAUUGAAAGAUUUGGUGUACCUCGAGGCCGGGGGUGUUGAGGCGGUUUUUGAGAAUGGAAACAGGGUUAAGGGAACAGUUGUUGUGGGUGCUGAUGGACCGAGGAGUGCGGUGAGGAGUUUGUUGUUUCCGGACUCACCGGAGGAAGAAGUGCAGUGCAGGCAUCUCGACGGACUCGUGCAUCUCUCGACGACAUUUUCCUACGGCGACGCGGAGAAAGCGAAACAUGUACGCUCCGCGCAUCCGGUCUGGAGCAUGAUGAUACAUCCCGACGUCUUCACCUAUGUCUGCAUCCAAGACGUGCCCGACGCCGAUAAGCCAGAAGAUUGGGUCUUCUUCAUCUUCAUUGUCUGGAAAGGCGAGAAAGACCCUAACUGGACCCAACAGGAUAUCAGAGAAAUCGUGCGUGAGAAAGCGGAGAAGAUCCAGGAGCCUUUUAAGAGUGCCAUUCUUUGGAUUCCGGAGGGUAUAGAUUUGCCAUCUGUGGAUUUGGGGUAUUGGGUUAGUAAGGAGUGGGAUUGUAGGGGAGGGAGGGCUACUUUGGCAGGAGACGCGGCGUGAGUAUAUCGAAAGACCACCGCAUUUGGUUGACUCACUUAUCAUGAUAUCUGCAGACAUCCUAUGCCGCCAUAUCGUGGACAAGGGCUGAAUCACGCGAUCUUGGACGCUAGUAAGUUCGUGGAGGUCAUGAAGAAGAUUGCACAUGGUGGGAUGGACCAGAAGGAGGCAGUGAAGGGGUAUGGAGACGAGGUGGCGAAGAGGGGUGGAGAGGAAACGAGUUUGAGCACGAAGAAUGCUUAUAUGGUGAGUUUUCAUUGUUGGUCUUGGGUGAGAGUGGUAGCUGAUGACACGCAGAUGUUGGCUUAUGAUGAGUUCAAGGAGAGUCCCUAUAUGAAACACGGGCUAAGUAAACAGUAA